AUGGUGAACUUGCGUGGAAGGACAGAUCUCCUGUCUCACGAGAAUUCCUGCGGCAAUCUCUACACGGCGGUGCCCUGGAAGUGCGUGCUCGAGGUGAAAAAGCUCGGGUUACGUGGCUUGGUGGGUUUGAUGCGAGAUGCGAUAACAACCUCGCUUGCCAAGUUAGCGAACGCGAUAGACGAGGAGGAUUUGGGCGAGAUGGUGAUGCACUCGGUGAGAGAGUUUCAGGAGGAACUGCGGAAAGACGAUGCCGACGUGCUCCUGUUCACCAGCUGGUGUCGGUUUCCACUGCACCGGGUCGAUUUGGGUUGGGGUGAGCCUGAGUUUGUGAGUAGCUUAUGCUCUCCGUUUGACUCGGUCACGUUGAUGGAUCACAAGGAAGGCGACGAUGAUGGCGGAAUUGUGGCGCAGGUGAGCUUGACUGAAGGCGACAUGGAUCUUUUCUGUAAACAACAUGACAUUUUACAGUAUGCUUCCCAUAAGUAG